AUGCAAAAAGCAUGCUUUUUUUCCUGUUAUGAUUUGGGUGAAUUCAACAUAGCAACAUCAUCUUUACACGCUCUCAGUAAUAAUAUAAAUUCAUCGAGAUCUGAAAAACAGAGUCCUCAUUCAUCACCAAGAUUAGCACGACGAAAUAUUGUUUUGAAUUCAAUCGCCAAUAGUUCAUCAUCAUCAUCAUCAAACUCAUCAGCAUCUUCAAUAGCAACAGGUGUUAACUCAUCUUCUGCGGCAGUAUUAUUAGGAGAACAACAGCAACAACAGCACUUACAGCAACAACAACCAUCAGCACCAUCCUUACAUAGCGUAAAUAAUGGUAUUUUAUCGAGUAUGGUUGGCUGUUGUUCCUCAUCAAUAAAAACAUCUUCAUUAACGCCAGCGCCUUCGACCCAAAUAUCUUCAUCUUUAGCGUCGGCUUCAUCAUCUUCAUCAUCAUCAUCAUCAUCAACAACAUCAGCAACAACAGGCGCUUUAGCAUCAUCCGGAACAAAUUUAAAUCGAAUGAGCGCUCCUAUAAGCUCAACAUCGCAACAACAAAUAGUUAAUAAAAUUCUAAAUAAAGCAAUAUCCGCUGAAAAUAAUUGUGAUGGCUCUUUGGGAAAUAGUUCUUUAUCAUCUUGUUCUGCUACAUUAGCACAAGUACAAUUACCAUGUGAUAUAUCAUCUACAACAUCAUCAUCAUCAUCUUCAUCUGCUAUAAUAAGUGCACCAUUAGCUCCACCAUUACCACCUCGAAAAUCUUCUCCCGGUAUUGAUAACUCAAUUAAUAUUCGCCAACUAAAGCCAUCAAUUUCGGGUAUUGUUUCACCUACAUCAAAUUUAAUUAAAAUAGAAGUGCCGAAAACAAAUGCUCCACCGAUACCAAAACAUAAUGUAGUUUUAUCCUCAUCUGCUAUAUCUUCGACAUCUUAUCAACAACCAAAUACAGGGGUUUUACAUAAAACAUUACCAAUGCCGAGUAAUGCAAAUACAAAUGCUACUAUUAAUAUUGUUGAUAAUUUAUGUGAUAACAUUAAACAGACAAAUAUUUCAAAUAGUGUUGCCGGAACAAGUGGAAGUGAUAAUAAUGCUCAAGUUUUACCAAUUAACCUUUUAGAUGAUGAUAACGAUAUUGUUGUAGGCCCAGCUGAAACAAUAACCGGAAUAAUUGAUACUCGACCAUUAGAAGCAAGAAAACCAAUUAUAGUUUCAAUUCAAAACAGUAAUGAUAGAGAAUGUAAUUCUAGAUCAACAAAUUCAAAUAACGUUAACACAAUAAAUGGUAAUACAACAUCUUUACCAUCAUCACAAGCAAAUUUCAAUUCCGGUAGAUAUCAAUCAUUUCCAAAUGCUUCAUCAAAUCCAAUUUAUAGUCAAGAAUAUCAACAACACCAACAACAGCAGCAACAUCGUCAUACUCCGGUACCAUAUCAAGGACAACAACAACAGCAGCAACAACAACAACAACAACAAUAUCCUUCAAAAUCGAUAACCAUUUCACAUUUUAGUAGUGCUAGUACAAGUUGCUGUAGCAACAUUAAUUCUAAUUUAUCUUGUGCAAAUUCUUCUUCCAGUACCAAUAAUUUAUCAUUAACAAAAAACUCUUCCAAUAUACAAUAUCAGUCUGCAUCCCAAUUAAAUAAUUCAAAUAAUAGCAGUAAUCAUAUAAUUCAACAACAGCAAUCGCAACAGCAAAAACAUCAGCAACAACAACAGCAUACACAACAUAAUCCAUUGCUAUACGAAAAUGUGACAAUCACUAAUAAAGACUGUAAUGUCCCGUAUGAGAACAUAAAUUUAGAAUAUAUUGCAAGAUUAAUGAAAGAAGGUUACUCAAAAGAAAAUGCAAUUACUGCUUUAGGUAUAUCAAGAAAUAAUAUUGAAAUGGCAUGCGAUAUAUUACAUGAAUUCGUUUCAAAGAGUAGCGCUUAA